AUUGUUCAUAGAGUCUAUAUAAUUCGAUAUCACUACAUUUUAUUAUUUCUUUUGUUCAAAUUGCAAUGACAAAGUAUGUACUAUGUCCCUUGUUCUGUCUGUAGGGUCUGAAGAAGCCCACUCUGGAGGAGACUGAUCACAGUCGAAACGCCAUCGUGACCCCGUCUAUGUUCGGCAGCGCUCUGGAGGAGAUCAUGGAGAGGCAGAGUGAGCUCUUCCCCGAGAGGAAACUGCCCUGGGUGCAGGUGCAGCUCUCUCAGUAUGUACUGGCCCUGGGUGGAGCCCAGACGGAGGGCAUCUUCAGAGUACCGGGGGAUAUUGAUGAGGUGAAUGCGCUCAAGCUACAGGUGGACCAGUGGAAACUUCCAGACAGCCUCUCUGAUCCCAAUAUCCCUGCGUCUCUGUUGAAGUUGUGGUACAGAGAGCUGGAGGAGCCGGUGAUUCCUCAGAGCUUCUAUAAGCAGUGCAUCAGUCGCUAUGAAGAUCCAGAUGCAGCCAUCAGAGUGGUUCAGUCGCUCCCACAGCUCAACAGACUCGUGCUCUGCUACUUCAUCAACUUCUUACAGGUCUUUGCUCAGCCUGUGAAUGUGAGUAGGACUAAGAUGGAUGUGAAUAAUUUGGCGAUGGUCAUGGCUCCAAUCUGCCUGCGCUGUCAGUCCGAUGAUCCUCGAAUCAUCUUUGAGAACACACGGAAAGAGAUGUCCUUCCUCCGCAUACUCAUCGUCCACUUGGACACCAGCUUCAUCAAGGGCUUAAUCUGAGAGUCGCGGUUCAUUCGUUAUUUUGCGGCAUAGCUCCGAACUGAAUCUGUAUGAGUCAUUUGAGUGAAUCAUCCAGGAGAUGAAGGGAAUCAGGAUGUUCUUCCGCUCCGAGAAUCAUCUUUAAGCAUCAUAUUAUUAGUUCGGACAAUGUCUCUCUCAACUAAUCCAGCUUUGGCUCAAUGUGAAUCAUCCUGAACUUGACUCUUGGGACUCUUCUUGAAGCCAGACAUUAUUUGAACUGAAUCAAUUGACUCGAUUUGAUUCCACAACAAAACAAAUGCAUGACGUUUGUCUUUUUGGGUUUGUUAUUUCUUCUGUUUUUUAUAUUGAUUAGCAGGGAAAUACAUCCUUUGGACAGUCAUAAUCGUAAUAACACACAUGCAAUAUAACCUGCAGCGUUUUUCUUUAAUUUAAUAUGGUAUGAGUGUUCUGAUUAUUUAAUGCUCAAGUAUGAGUGCGGGGAGAAUUACUAGCUUCAGUUUUGUAUGCAAGGCUGAGCGCAAGAAAGAAAAGGUGAAUUAAUAUUGCAGAGCUGUGGACCACAAAGACAGCUCUGAAAUACUUAGCAUGGUGGUCAAAGCUUGAGGUCUGGUGCCUUACAUGAGAAUGAUCGCUGAUGUAUAAGAUGCACAAGUGCCCAUGUACAUAAACACACCCUCCGUGUUUCUGACUCCAACUGAACUGGUACCACAAGCAAUUUUCAAUCUGUCCCUCACAGUACUUUUCCCAGUCGUCCCAUUAAGAAAUAGAAAAUUACACCUCCAGAUGUGGUUCGGCUACAUCAAAGAUGAUUAUGCAGAACUAAACUGUAGAAAACUGAACCAGGAACCAGACUGGAACCAGGAACUGUUCCUCUCCCAAGAUAGCUACUGCUCACUGGCCCACUGAAAGUUAACUAGGUUUCAGUUGAUCCAGCAGCUCCAACAUCAGUGGGUGGCCAAGAAUGUUACGCUCAGAUUUGCCCAGGCUGAAUUAAACUGUUUCAGAAGAGACUUAGGCCAGAACCAUACUCUACAUAUACUAAGUAUGCAAAUGCAAAAACACACCAAGACAUGCUGCGGUCUUGUUGUACAGGUGUUUCUGUGCCACUAACAUUACAAAAAAGUAAUGAAUUUUUCCUGAAACACCUCUCCCAUAUGUCAUUGGUCAAAUAUACAAAUAGCUCUGCCCCAAACUCACGCCAUUGGUUGAGCUGUUUCCAUGUCAGGCUAGUAGUCUAAAUGUUUAAACAACGUGUUUACAUUUUUCAGGGGAAUCAAUCUACAAAUGAGUUGUCGCUGCAUUAUUUUGGGAUAUAGGAAAAUACUUGACAAGGAUUUUUGCAUUACUGUGGGCUUACUGAAUUUACUCAAAGUGGAUAUAUAUAUAUAUAUAUCCUUUAUAUAACCCUCAACCCUCAUUCACUAUUUCCUAAAUUAGUCCACUAAUAUAGUCCACUUGAAGAAGUGAUUGAAUACUAGUGAGCUGGAAGCGGACGCCAUUUGUUGCGUGAAUUCACUUGGCGCGACACUUACAGUGAAUGGGUAUUUACUAGUGGUUAGCCAUUGAGUGUACAUCGGUCGUACACUUGUUGUUACAGUGCAUUAUGGGAUUGAGAGUGAGAGCACUCUUAAUGUCCACUAUGGUUUUGGACACCACUGCAUGGUGGCAAAUGGCAGUCCUCUCAGAUCAUCUUGGACACGGGUUACCUUCAGAUCUGUGCUCAGAUCCUUUUCAAACCUACUGCAAUGACAGCUGUUUCCCUGACUGAGUCAAUUGACCACAGAAUACAGUUUAUGCUAAUGUUGGCUAUAGUGCCCCAAGUGGCAAAGCUGAGACUGCAGUGUGCACUUGUAUGAAAGCAUUUAAAGACUAUUACAGGCCUUCACAUCAACACUGGUAGCAUUUCAGUCAAUCACAUGUCCUAUUGAUAUAAUGUGGGAUCCCCCAACAGCUCUGCCUGUGCUUUUGUAUAUAGACCUCUCAUCUGACUGAUCGUUGUGUUUAUAAAGCUCAAUGGUGAAAGUAAGUGAGCCCCUUCCUUGUUGCACUUCCCCCUCAGUUCCUUUCCCUUAGUGGGUCUGUAUCAUCUCUGCAGAGACUGAUACUCCUCCUGCACUCUUACUGUAAAUGACUGUCUUAUUUUGUUCUCUGUGUGAGGAUGCGUGUGAGGAGACAGCAGUGAAUUAUGGAUGUGUGUUUAAAUUUGCAUAGUUUCAUAAAGAACUCUGAAAUAAAAUGUGUAAAUUUGUAUAAUUG